AUGUCGAACAAGAAGCCAAGCUUCAAUGAGAAGCCUCUGGCAGCAACUCCAAGUCCUUCAAUCAGAUCGGAAGCAACAUUAAGGGACUCGGAUUCGUCAGAUUACACCCUAGUUGAACUCCCUUCCCAUGAAAUAUUGGUUGAAUUCCAAGAAGGAUCCCCAGCAAACCCAAAUAACUGGUCUCUAAAUAAAAAGAUUUACAAUGGCGUGGUGGGGCUACUUCUUGUUCUCAAUAGCGGGAUAUCAUCAUCCCUGCCGAGUAAUGCAGUCCCCACUAUCAUGCAGGAUUUCCACAUCUCCGGCAAUGGGGAAUCAGUCCUACCAACGUCCAUCUUUCUAAUUGGCUACUGUGUUGGACCUUUAGUCUUUAGUCCUUUGAGUGAGACAAUUGGUCGAAGAUCAGUUCUUUUUUGGUCUUAUACUGUGUUUGUAUUAGGAACACUGGCUUGUGCCUUCGCACCGACUUGGCCAGCACUACUCAUCUUCCGAUUGAUCUGUGGUACUAUGGCAGCUGCGCCACAAACUGUGGUUGGAGGUGUAUAUGCGGACUUGUUUUCCGAUUUGCAUACUCGUGGUCGAGCCAUGGCUUUGUACAUCUUUGGUCCCAUUAUUGGUCCGAUCAUCUCUGGCUGCUCAGUUCAAUAUGGUUGGCGCUGGACUUUUCGUAUUGAUGUGAUUCUCUGUGGUCUUGUCUGGCUUGGUCUCUUUGGCUUCUCUGAAACAUUCAGUCCUGUGAUCUUGAAGCAACAGGCAGCAAAGCUGAGAAAGGAGUCGGGCUCUGACCGCUAUAUUUCGCCUCAAGAGCUCAAAACCGAUGCUUCAUUCACAUUGUCUCAAAUAAUUUCCCGACCUCUUACCAUGCUGGUCUUUGAGCCCAUUAUUCUUUUUACAUCCAUUUACAUUGCCCUUGCAUGGAGCAUGGUAUUCUUCUACUUUGAGGCCUACCCCGUUAUUUUCGAAAAUACUUAUAAUUUUAAUGUGGCCGAAACAUCUCUUACAUACAUUCCGAUCGGUUUCGGUGCUGCCUCCUCCUGUCUUUUCGCCCUCUACUACGACAGCGCAUAUAACAAAGCCAAGAAAGCAGGAAAGAAAUGGGCAUCCGGAACCGAAGCUCAGCGCCUACCUCUAUCCUGCGCAUCCGCACCAUGCCUCGCAAUCAGCCUUUUCUGGCUCGCCUGGUCCGCCAAGACCAGUAUCCCUUGGAUCAUGCCCGUCCUUUCAGGCAUUGUUUUUGGACUGGGCUACCAAACAACUUUCAUCUCAUUGUUAACAUAUGUCACUGAUGCAUACAAGAUCUACUCUGCAAGUGCUCUAGCUGCAUCUGUUAUCAUGCGGAGUGUUGCUGGUGCAUUAUUCCCUCUUGCGGCAACUCCACUCUAUUCAAAGCUGGGAGUUGCAUGGGCAACCUCUAUACUGGGCUUUGCUAGUCUGAUCUGCAUUCCCAUUCCGUUUGCAUUGCUUUACUAUGGACCGUUGAUUCGGAAGAGAAGCCGAUUUUGUCAGCGGUUGUUGGAGAUGGAGAUGCGUAAGUCGCCUAGUGGAGCACAAACACCACAGGAGGCUUAG